CCUGUAAAGGUUUAUCCACUGGCCCAUACUUACAAUUUAGCAAAAAAAAAAAAAAAAGUGAGUCCUACAAGUUUAGGAUUGGGUUAACAACAACCUUGUGGUGUACAUCCAUUCUGUUUCCCAUUAUAUAGGACUAAAAACUUGCAUUUUCAUCUAUCAUAUUCUUCCCCAAUUCAGUGAAGAAGCAAUCAAGAAACAUGGAAACCUGUUUUUUCUCUUCAAAUUCCUUUACAAAAUCGUUGGAAGUUGUCAUCCCUUCGAUCAAACCCGGAAUCUUUGUGCAACCCAAGACACUGUCUUCUCGAAUUCGGUUUGGAAAAGUUGGCACUCGCUCUAGUACAACAUGUUGUCAAUCCCAAUCAAAUUCACCAUCGCCUUCAUCCAGAGAUGAGGAUAAUAUGUUUCUUGAUGCCGAUUGGCGAUCAUUCAGAGCAAGAUUAGUAGCUGGAGAACAAGCAUUAACCUCACAAGAAUCUUCUUCUAAUACCACAGUGAACCAACCACCAUCUGUUCCAAUAGGUGAAAAAUGGGUUCAUGCAAUACAUGAACCCGAAAAAGGUUGCUUAUUGAUUGCAACCGAGAAACUAAAUGGGGUCCACAUCUUCGAAAAGACAGUGGUGCUCCUUUUAUCCACGGGUCCAGUCGGCCCAACUGGCAUCAUAAUUAACCGCCCAUCACUCAUGUCGAUAAAGGAGAUGCGGUCAACGACACUAGACGUGUCAGGAACAUUUUCAGACCGACCACUGUUCUUUGGUGGGCCCCUUGAAGAAGGGUUGUUCUUGGUGAGUGGGGGUGAUGGGGUGAGAAAUAGUGGGGUGUUUGAUGAGGUAAUGAAAGGGUUGUAUUAUGGGACCAAAGAGAGUGUAGGGUGUGCUUCUGAAAUGGUUAAGAGGAACGUAGUUGGAGUGAAUGAGUUUAGAUUCUUUGAUGGAUAUUGUGGUUGGGAGAAAGAACAAUUGAGAGGUGAAAUAAGGGCUGGGUAUUGGGCUGUUGCUGCUUGUAGCCCAAAUGUAGUUGGGCUGGCUAAUGAGGGAAGUAUUGGGCUUUGGGAUGAGGUUAUUGGGCUUAUGGGUCAGAAGAAAGUUUGACUCGAUUUCUUUAAGGUUGAAACUUUGCCGAGUUUGAUUCAACACGGAACCCUCUCAUAUUACUCCGACGGAAUGUACCUCCGCUGUAGGGUUUCAAAUGGAGAUAGAGGCGAACAAAAAAGUAGAUCCAUUCUUCUGUUUUUGCCAGGCGAGGGUGAGGGAGAAGACGGUGAUGGUUGUGCGCAGAUGGAGGUGGUGGUUUCGAACACAGAUAUCUUAGACGGUGGUGGACAGGCGGCGAACGGAGAAGCAGAGAUGGAGUGGUGGAUGGUGGUCUUCAUCUGGAGACCUGAUUUCAAUGAUGUAGAAAGAAAAGGGGGAAAAACGAAGGGGAAGGGGGAGCCGGGACAGGGCUUUCAAAGCGAAAGGUGCCAGCAACAACGAAGGAUAGGUUACAGGACAUCAGACCUGUUUUCCAUGCUUCUAGAGGCUUCUUGUGAAUCGUUUAUUCAUUACUUCCUCAAUCACCAUAUAUCGUUGAUGUCGAUUCCACUUAAGAACCCACCUCUAGAUGAUGAGAAUGAUGAAUCUUUUAGCACUCUAGGUUUUUAUCUGAAGGAAGUGUGGAUGUCGCACGGGAGGAGGGAGGAGUAUGAUGGUCGUUUUGAAGAAAACAAUGAAUUAGUUUACAUGUGA